GCUUUUUCUCAGUUCCUGUCUGCAGCUGCUGGCUCGAAUUUCGUUAGCAAAAGGUUUUGUGUGGCUUUCUGUCGAAGAGGUGAGUGCGUUAAAAAGUGAAAAUCCGGCAAUUAGCACAGAGUGGCUGUCCCGUGUGCAGUGCGAAUGCGCCUAUCGGAUUUCCUGCAGUGUCCCCGACGCCUUUGUUUUUUCCUGCGGAAACAAGUCCUCCGGAAACUCUCAAAAUGGAACACCGAAAGCCUUUCAACGACAGCAUGUUUGCCCCCAAUACAAAGCCAAUGCUUUCAACGCCCCAAAGCACUGCUUUCUUCAAGGAGCAACGCUCCGUUCUCUUCCACAAUUCAUCUGCUUCUUGCUGCUGGAUUCUCCCUUCUCUUCCGUCUCGUUGGCACUCCUCUCUGUCGUCCGAGAAGUUCUCGACCAGCUCCGAGAAAACAACGUCAGCCUCCAAUUCAGCGAGAAGAAGAGACGAGUUCGCCUGCAGACUCUCUUCGACGCUCGUCUGCAACAUGGUGCUCCUUUCUGACUGGCAAGCCUUCGUGCUUGCAGUCAGAGACAUGUUCCUCCACAGUCCGAACACGACACGAUAUACGAUGAAGUACAAGAGACAGUCUGCGGAGCUGACACUGAAGGUGACGGAUAACGUAACGUGCCUCAAGUACAGAGCAACAAACCCAGCAGAGUUGAAAAAUGUCGAGCGGCUUGGCCAUGCAUUCAUGCAAUGGACUCUCCAGCCUUCCUCAGCUUCGAAGAACCUCCCGUUCGACUUUCUUCCCUCAGGGACGAGUGAAUCGGCGCCGAGCCAGCGAGAAGGAAAACCACGCCGAAGAAGGAGAGGGGCGUAGCGACAAAGGUUACUCUCUGUGAAAACUGUCUUCUUCUGUUUUUCUCUGUUGCCGCCGCCUUUCUUUAAGGCGCUCUGAUUUCUGCCGCCUUUUUGGAACUACCAGCGACUCUCCGCCGAACUUUUCGCGUUCAAUUCUCUCG